GCGCUCAUCUGCGUUUCUAACGCGCCCUCCAGCCGCACCCCCUCCGGGCCAGUCAGGAAGGGCAGCUGGACUCCUUGGGGACAUCAGGUCCCAUAGCCUUUGACUCCGGGCCGGAUGCCACCACCUAUCCGCUAGAAUCCUGAGAAUUGUGGAGAUUGAACCUGGACAUCAUAACCUCCUGGGAAAGAACUGGCCUCACACUCCAAGGCCUUGGCAAGCGUGGUAGCUCCGGAAAGAACUCCCCAUCCCAUGUGGUGAUCGUAGCUUGGGGUGAACACUGUCUCUGCGGAGAUCAGAAAGAGUGGUCCCCCCUUCCCCAGCUGUCCGGUCUGCUCUGCGGGACAUCUUCCCUGGGCCCUGUUUUAACGGAGCUGUGAGAUCUUCACGGGCCGUACAACGGGACUCCCUUUCAGCAGAACCACUGAGUGAAGAGCUCCAUGGCUGGGGAAUUUCAUUAUUCUGAUCAACUAUGACUUCUGCAGAGAAACGACCCCUCUGAGCGCAGACGGAAGCCCUUACUGUUGGGCAGAGGCCGGGAAAGCCUCACGGUUGGGUCCUCCUAAGCACCGGGAAGUUUCUGUCCCCCCAACUGCCCUAGCCCGGCCCGUGGGGGCACAUGCGCCUCUACCCUCCCUUCGUUUUCCUGGCAACUCCGAGGACCACUCCGUUCCCUUGAGGACCGGCCCGGCCUGGGAGUGGGUGUGUCUAGACCAGGAAGGUGACUGACCUGCAGGAGGAAGGCAGACAUGCCAUCAACUCGCCGAUGUCCCCCGCCUCGGCAGAUAUCCACCCCGAAGACACCCUGCUAGAGGAGAACGAGGAGCGCACAAUGAUUGACCCCACCUCCAAGGAUGACCCCAAAUUCAAGGAGCUGGUCAAGGUUCUCAUCGACUGGAUCAACGACGUCCUGGUGGAGGAGAGAAUCAUCGUGAAGCAGCUGGAGGAGGACCUUUAUGACGGCCAGGUGCUGCAGAAGCUCUUGGAAAAACUGGCGGGCUGCAAGCUGAAUGUGGCUGAGGUGACGCAGUCUGAGAUCGGGCAGAAGCAGAAGCUGCAGACGGUGCUGGAAGCCGUGCACGGCCUCCUGCGGCCCCACGGCUGGGCGCUCCAGUGGACCGUUGACUCAAUUCAUGGGAAGAGCCUGGUGGCCACCCUCCACCUCCUUGUGUCUUUGGCCAUGCACUUCCGGGCCCCGAUCCGCCUCCCGGAGCACGUGUCUGUACAAGUGGUGGUUGUUCGGAAGCGGGAAGGCCUGCUGCAUUCCAGCCACGUCACGGAGGAGCUGACCACAACAACGGAGAUGAUGAUGGGUCGCUUCGAGCGGGACGCCUUCGACACCCUCUUUGACCACGCCCCAGACAAGCUCAGCGUGGUGAAGAAGUCUCUCAUCACGUUUGUGAACAAGCACCUGAACAAGCUGAACUUGGAGGUGACGGAACUGGAGACCCAGUUUGCAGAUGGCGUCUACCUGGUUCUGCUCAUGGGCCUUCUGGAGGACUACUUCGUCCCCCUGCACAACUUCUACCUGACCCCAGACAGCUUCGACCAGAAGGUCCACAACGUGGCGUUUGCCUUUGAGCUGAUGCUGGACGGAGGGCUCAAGACACCCAAGGCUCACCCUGAAGAUGUGGUGAACCUGGAUCUCAAGUCCACCCUGAGGGUUCUUUACAACCUGUUCACCAAGUACAAGCACCUGGAGUGAGCAGGGAGCGGCGGAGACCCUGCAGGGCCGGGAGGCCCACCAGCCUUGUUCCCCACCCCACCCCUCCCCCACGCCACCCGGCCUCUUCAGGUUAUUGCUCUUACGCUCCCCUGUGUAGCCCACAGUGGGCAGGAUUCUGCACCCCAGUGCUGGCAUGUGGCCCCAUCGGUGCCGAGACACGUGUCAGCCCUGAUCCCCCCCCACACCCUUCAGCCUGUGUGUGUGUGUGGGGGGGUGCCCUGCAAGCCUUUCCAUGCAGCAGUUAAUGACCACGGCCAUGGGUGAUCAGAACAGCACCCACAGCUCUGAGGAGCCAUGAGUCAGCCUGACUAUGGCGGGGGAAUCUCCUUGGAAGAGAGGCCUUUUUAGUAAAAAGCCUUUUGUAGUUUUAAAAAAAACUUCCCUCUAAAGUCCCGGGGGCUUUUGAUGGGACAGGAGGGCCCGCCCCACAUUCCGUUGCUUGACCAGCCAGUGUUUCUCCUUUACCUUUUGCACAAAAAUCCAAGACCCGGGUGACUUUCAGUGCCACCGUGCCGGAGGCAGGAUUUGCUGAAGUGGUUUCUGAUUUUUUUUUUUUUUUUUUGGUGACGGCCAAGUGGGCUAUGUCGGGAGCCGGAUCUAAAGUGUUGCUUGAUACAUCUCAGGGGCCCUGUUUGGGAAUAGAUGCAUUUUUAAACUUUUA